UGCAGUCUUUGACGAUCGCUCCAUGCGUAUAGUCCAUUACGGUCGUUCUUUUGUGCUUCAAACGUGUUCAUAUUUUUAUCUGUGUCUUAAAUUUUGGCGCCUAAUUUGUGAUUUUGGCGAUAUCUUGUCAAUUAAUACAUUUUCGUGAGACAACAUAAGUCGAAUAAUAUACUGUUAGAUUUGGUUUUCACAAAGUUGAAAGUGGCAAGACAAAAGAGCUAGGGGCUGGCGACAUGUCCGGUGGGUAGCGGCAGCAUGAGCGCCCUGCUAUAUCUGGCGCUCCUCGUCGCAGCGCCGACCAUACGCUCCCAAGCUGACAAGGACGGAAGAAAUAUGCCUUCACUUGCGGCUAUUGCGCUCUCUAUCCGAUCUAAGGCUAUCCAGGACAGUCGAUGUUACUUGAUGAAUGGCGGUGCUGUAGAGAGCUUCUUCAUCGGCGAAGAUACACCCGUUGGUAGUAUAAUAGGCACAUUAAGCGUAAAUGGAGACCCGGAAGACGAGUCCGGGAAUAUAUCCCUUAAGUUGCAAGAACGCGGGGCAGCGGUGGGUAUCGCUCCUGGGACCAAGAACAUCACGCUGCUCAGAGUUCUGGAUCGGGAGGAAAAGUUGGGUCCCUCCAGCGUAUACGUCAACGUGCGCUGUGACAGGCGGCACACAGCUGAUCCUAGUUUCGUGAUACCUGUAUCAGUACGGGUAUGGGAUGUGAAUGAUAACGCGCCAGUGUGGUCGGGAGCUCCCUAUCGCGCUCGUGUGUCUGAGCUCAGCGCUGUUGGUGCCCGAGUUGCGGCCGCUACUGCCACAGACCCGGACCAACCAGGACCACAUGCAACCGUCCAUUACUCUGUGCUGCCGGGACCUCACUCUGAGUACAUAAAGUUCCUUCACGAAUUGGAUAGUACGCUGGUCAUCGCCAAGCCAUUGGACUACGAGCGUGUUCACAAUCUGACGUUGAAUUUGAGGGCCAGAGACGCGGGUACCCCACCGCGGUACAACGACACCACAUUGUACGUGGAAGUGCUGGACGCGGAUGACCAAAACCCCAAGUUUGAGCAUGAGCACUAUGUUGCUGUGAUACCUGAUGAUGCUCAGGACGGGACGGAACUGGAGACGAAUCCAGGGCCAAUCAAAGCAUGGGAUCAGGAUGAAGGCAUCAACGCGCCUCUCGUGUUUUCCGCUUCUGGACCUGGUGCUGAGAGGCUGCGCGUAAGCCGAGACACUGGUCGUCUCGCUGCCACUGCUCUGCUGCUGGAAAACCUGCCCCUUACUGUUGUACUCAAGGCGAUGCAAGUGGACAACCCGGACCGAUACGCGUUAGCCACUGUAUCAGUGCGACGAAGAGUGGGGAGGGGGGCUUCUGCAGCAGUUGAACUUGCCCCCGGAUCCAGUAUGGUCACACCUGGAGUCACAGCUGCAGCUGAGCAGAAAGAGAUCAAAUUCACGCGAAAAGAGUACGUCGCACGACUGCCAGAGGACGCGGCCGUGGGAACGUUGGUACUCACACUUAACACUUCCCCGCAUACUGAUCGUCCCCUCCAGUUCUACGUAUCAGAGCGCAGUUUCUUGGAGAAGUUCGCGAUCAACUCUUUAGGCGAAGUGCUAUUACGAAAGUCCUUGGACUACGAGACUGCUGCCACCUACUACUACCAAGUCAUGGUGACAGAUGGCGCUACUAACGAUACAGCAUCAUUAAACAUAACGGUAGACAAUGUGAAUGAGUGGGAGCCGCGAUUCCGGUAUCCCCUCUACGAGUUCCGCGCUGAUUUGGACUCGGGGCAAGAUGGAGGCAAUGGCCAAAGUGGGGCAAGCGCGGGGCUCAUCAAAGUGGGGCAGUUAGACGUAUACGAUGGUGAUGCUCAAGAUAGUGUUACACUGACUUUAAGAGGACUACAUGCGCCGUUUUUCUACGUGAACGCGGCGGGUGAGUUGUUCCUGCGUGGUGAGGCGGUGGCGUCACUCAACACUACGGUGCUACAUCUAGUGGCCACCGCACACGAUUCCGGGGCACCACCGAGACAGAGUUCGGUCCCAGUAGCAGUACACGUAAGUGGUGCUGGUCUGGGUGCGGAAGUGACGUCAGCGAGUGCUAGUGGUGUCUUGGCUACUUUUGUUGUGGCGUUGGUGCUUCUGGCUUUGGCUGUGUGCGCAUUACUAAUAUAUAUUUGUACAGUCCGUCGCCGUAGCCCCAAAGGUGGUGCCGAAACGACAGACAAACUAAGUAGCGGAGUAGUGGCGGCUACUAGCGGAUCUUUACAGAGCGUGUCUGCGGGCGCCACUACUAUACUCGAUUCCACCUCCAGCCUUGAUAUACGGCAAGAGCAGAAUAACGUAAAACACUCACAGCGCGGGCCAGGUAAAAGUAAGGUGGCCCCAUCUCCACCUGAAGCGAUAAGUGGAGCGGAGCGAACAGCGGGAGCGGGAGCGUCGCUUAUGAGCGAUCACAUAGCGGGCGCGGCGGGACGGUCGGGCGUCGCCUGGCCUAGUACGGUAAUUCCUGCACGCGUUAAGAAGCUUAGCUGGGACGAUAACCGUCACACGGAGGCAAACGAGCGUGACUCCGUAGCGGAAGCGACAAAUCCAGCACUCGCUGAACAUAUGAAUCUCACCGUGUACUUCUGAAAAGUGUAUAUAUAAAGUUGUUAUCCAAUAUAAUAUAUGAAAUUUAUACUAUAGGUCAAGUAUAUGACGAAUAUUGUACUAGAUCCGGCGAAGUGUUAAUAAAACACGUACGACUGUAUAAAAAAGAAGUUAUUGAUGAAAGUAAGUUCCACGACCACUAUUUAAACAUUCAUGUGUUUCGUAAUAGAACCAAAUAAGUCUAUGAUCAAUUUUAUUUUUCAUAAUAGUAA